UUCCAGUGUUGGUGUGGCACAACAUUUAACCAACACUGUUUUUAUUGACAGAGCUUUGAUUGUUGUGCCCUGCGCUGAAGAUUUGUAUGAUAACCAUGAGUCUGUGUGCUGAGCUAUCACUGCUAUCAGCUCUGUUUUAUUUUGUGAGUUCAUUGGAGGUGGGUGGAGUGACACCAGCUCACUUGUUUAUCAGUUGAGCUGGAGGAUGUGGAAAUGAUGGAGAUGACUAGAGUGACCCAGGCUACACUACUACACUAGCCUGACUCAAGGCUUUGUUUUCCAAGCCACUAUACCCGCCGGGGCCCACGCUGCCUUCAAGGGGGGAAUGUGACCAGGAGCGUAGCUGCUGAACCUUCCGAGAUGGACACCUUGUCUCUUUUUAUUUUUAUUUUUAUUUUUUUUUAAUUUCUCUCACAUGUUGUCCCUUUUUUGCCUCUUAGAAGAGUUGCAUAUUCAUUGUGUUGUUUUUGUUUUUGUUUUUGUUUUUUUUUUCUUUUUUUCCUGUCCCCUUGUCCCUCGUCCCCAAUCCCACAGUUGCACCCCUUUGCCUGUCUUUGAACGCUGUCCAGGUUGACUUGCCGCCCAGUGUUGGAGGGAAGUUUGAACGUGUGAUGCAGCCAACAUGAACGGUUGUCUUGUGUUGCACACCCUUUCCAACACUGCGACACGAUCGCCCCAGGGAGAAAAGCGCCCAUGCUUGAUAUCGUAUGGUUCAUGACCAAUAUGUUUCCAGUACAGGAAAAAUCCCUGAAGAGGCAAAGGCACUCUCACUUUUGGCCCCCGCCGCCCCAGUGACCAGCCUGAUGAGCGGAGGAGGACUUCUGCCCAUUCCUAGCCCCACUACACUACAGAAUCGAGGUCUUCCUUUAGCUAAUCUGGGGGUCCUGAAGUCUAGUUUGGACACAUCUGUGGCGGCUCUAAAUGCAAUUGCUUCACAGCCUCCGCUCAUGGGAAAUGUAGAUCCCUCUAAAAUUGAUGAGAUCAGGAGGACGGUGUAUGUCGGCAAUUUAAAUUCACAGAGCACCACAGCAGAUCAGCUCCUCAAGUUCUUCAAGCAAGUGGGAGAUGUUAAGUUUGUUAGAAUGGCAGGAGAUGAAACCCAACCUACACGUUUUGCUUUUGUGGAGUUUGCUGAUCAGGAAUCGGUGUCACGAGCGCUUACAUUUAAUGGAGUUAUGUUUGGCGACAGACCACUAAAGAUUAACCACUCCAAUAAUGCCAUAGUGAAGCCUCCAGAGCUCACACCUCAAGCUGCGGCCAAAGAGCUGGAGGAUGUGAUGAAGAAAGUCAGAGAGGCUCAGUCAACCAUCGCUGCUUCUAUCGAGCCAGAUGAUAAAAUUGGUUCAUCCAGUAGAUCUAGACAUUCCAGAAGGUCCAGAUCUCACUCUCGCUCCCCAUCACACUCACGAAGAAAGCGAUCUAGAUCCAGGCACAGGGGACGCCUGUCCCAGAGAUCACGGCAGAGUGUGAAUGACUCCCGUGGGCCCCAUAGGAGACGCUCAUGUUCCCGAGAAAGGAAACACAGCCGGAGUCUAUCUCAUUCUAGGGACCAAAGGAAGGACAAGGACAGCAAAGCAAGGAAGGAUGAUGAUUGGGAAGAAAUGAGGCCACGGGACAAAAAGGGAAGGAUGCCUCCCAAAGGCUACACUGGCUCUAGAUGUUCCCACAGUAUAAGCAGAGUCCAUAAGAAAAGAAGCAGAUCCCGAUCCAGGUCACCAAGGCGGAGAGCCAGGUCACCAUCACCAUCUAAAAGAGGAAAGAAAGAUAAAAAGAGGGAUAAAGGACGGGACAGUAGCAGGGAAAGGACAGAAACCUCAACAUCCAGGAGGAAAAGCAGGGAUUAUGAACAUAAAGCUAAACCAUCACUGAUGGAGAGUUGCUACGAGGAGGUGGACCACGAGUAUGACAGUGACAUGGAUGGGUCGGGCUCUGUGGGCAGUGACGACAGAUCUCCUCAAGCUCAUCUCAACGGCAGCUAUAGGAGCACUUACGCCGAGGAGGAUGAUCUCUCUGCAGCUGAGUGAUUCACAUGUACCCAUAAUGCCAAGAACAGUGAUCACAGCAUCAUGCAUCAUACUGUAACAGCUGUCACUCCUUUUGAAGUGCUUUCUCUUGCGUCCAUUGCUGUGUGAUUGUUGGCUUCUGAAAACAUUUUCUACUGCUGUGAAUAUUCUACCUGUCAUAUGAUAUUCAUAUGGAUGAAAAUGUAAAGUUUUGGAUAGUUCUUUAUUGUGAUGAGAGAUGCGGUAUAUUGAAUGAAGGUGCUUGUGUUGAGGUCACUUUUUAAAUCAGUUUUGCAUUUUUCUUUUGCAUGUAACUUUGUGUUUACACUCUUGUGGAAAGAUGUUUUAUGCUAUUUUGUUUCUGUUUUUGGUUUAUCGUACUAAAACAAAGCCAUUAUUAGUGUGAAUCUAAAAAAAAGUUGUAUUUUACCUCAAAAUAAUGUAUUUUGCCUUUAUAACUUUUCUUUUGAUGUUUAAGUACAUGUUCCUUAAAACUCUCAUCAUUGCUAUAAUGUAAAAUAAAUAAAUAAAUAAAUCUGGACAGAUAAUUUUUUUAUUUUACUUAUUCACAUUAAAGUGGAAAAGGAGUUUCUUAAUUGUGUUGAAAAUAAUACCAGAAUUUGAUUUUGGGGUACACUGAGAUUUAUCCACUCUACCUGGUCUUUUCCAUAAUUUCUAUUUACUGAA